GUCUGACAGUCGGCGCAGAAGGAGCGAGACCCUCCGCUGCUGCCGCUGCCGCCGCCGGGGAGGAGCCGCCGCGCUCCGCUCGCAGCGCCUCCGACAGCCCGGCCUCGGCCCCGGCCCGGGCCCCGCAGCGCUCCGGCCGCUCUCCAGCCCCGGCAGAUAAAACUUGGAUUGUUUGAAAAGUGGGGAGAUAUUUCACCAUAGUACAAAAGAAGAUACAGAAGAGGAGAGCAGAAUGAGAGCUUUGCAAGUGCCACAUGCCUGCAGCCUGCUGUCUUUAGUGAUGCUGUUCCUUCCAGUCACUGGAACGUCAAAACAAAAUAUCCCAAGACUGAAGCUUUCCUAUAAAGACUUGCUGCUUUCAAACAGCUGCAUCCCAUUCCUGGGCUCAACAGAGGGGCUUGAUUUUCGAACCUUGCUGCUAGAUGAGGAGAGGGGCCGGCUACUAGUUGGGGCAAAGGACCACAUCUUCCUGCUCAACUUGGUUGAUGUAAACAAAAAUGUAAAAAAGAUUUACUGGCCUGCAGCAAAAGAAAAGGUAGAAUUAUGCAAAUUAGCUGGGAAAGAUGCCCAUACAGAAUGUGCCAAUUUUAUCCGAGUUCUUCAGCCGUACAACCGGACCCAUGUUUAUGUCUGUGGCACAGGAGCAUUUCACCCUCUCUGUGGAUAUGUUGAGCUUGGAACUCACAAAGAGGAAAUGGUAUUCCGUUUGGAUACCCAGAACCUGGAGUCUGGCAGGUUGAAAUGCCCGUUCGAUCCGCAGCAGCCGUUCGCUUCAGUGAUGGCAGAUGAGUAUCUUUAUGCUGGAACAGCUUCUGAUUUCCUUGGCAAAGACACUGCUCUGACACGUUCUCUGGGCCCUUCUCAUGACCACCAUUACAUCAGAACUGACAUUUCUGAACAUUACUGGCUUACUGGAGCAAAAUUCAUUGGAACUUUUCCUAUCCCAGAUACCUACAACCCAGAUGAUGAUAAAAUCUACUUCUUUUUUCGAGAAAUAUCACAAGAUAGUGGCACAUCUGACAAGACAAUCCUUUCCAGAGUUGGGAGAGUUUGUAAGAAUGAUAUGGGAGGGCAAAGAAGCCUAAUAAACAAGUGGACAACUUUUCUGAAAGCCAGGCUUGUGUGUUCCAUACCUGGUCCUGAAGGGGCAGACACACAUUUCGAUGAGCUGCAAGAUAUAUUCUUACUUUCUACAAGAGAUGAGAGGAACCCUCUUGUGUAUGGAGUCUUCACUACAACAAGCUCCGUGUUUAAGGGCUCUGCAGUGUGUGUGUACAGCAUGGCCGAGAUCAGGGCCGUGUUCAACGGGCCCUACGCCCACAAGGAGAGCGCGGAUCACCGCUGGGUGCAGUACGAAGGUCGCAUCCCCUACCCCAGGCCUGGCACAUGUCCAAGCAAAACGUACGACCCGCUCAUAAAGUCUACCAGAGACUUUCCUGAUGAAGUCAUUAGCUUCAUUAGACGGCACCCUCUGAUGUACAAAUCAGUUUACCCCGUGACAGGAGCCCCGGUGUUCACGCAGAUCAACGCGGACUAUCGUCUCACCCAGAUUGUGGUGGACCACGUCAUGGCAGAGGACGGGCAAUAUGAUGUCAUUUUCCUGGGAACGGACGUAGGCACAGUCCAGAAGGUUGUGAGUAUCACAAAGGAGAAGUGGACUAAGGAGGAGGUGGUCCUGGAAGAGCUUCAGAUAUUCAAGCACCCUUCGUUUAUCUCAACCAUGGAGAUUUCUCAGAAACAGCAACAAUUGUACAUUGGUUCCAGGGAUGGAUUGGUUCAGCUGUCUCUGCACAGAUGUCACACGUAUGGGAAGGCUUGUGCAGACUGCUGCCUUGCCAGAGACCCAUACUGUGCCUGGGAUGGAAACUCUUGUUCCAGAUAUGCCCCCAGUUCUAAAAGGCGAGCCAGAAGGCAGGAUGUCAAGUAUGGAGACCCAGUUGCACAGUGCUGGGAUGUGGAAGACAGCAUUAGUCAUGAAACUGCUGAUGAAAAGGUGAUUUUUGGCAUUGAAUUUAAUUCAACUUUUCUGGAAUGUACUCCUAAGUCCCAGCAAGCCUCUAUUAGGUGGUAUGUUCAGCGCUCUGGAGAAGAACAUCGAGAAGAGCUGAAGGCUGAUGAAAGGAUCAUUAAAACGGAGCAUGGGCUGCUGAUCCGCAGCUUGCAGAGAAGGGACGCAGGAGCCUAUUUCUGCAAAGCCCAGGAGCACACCUUUGUCCACACCAUCGUGAAGCUGAAUUUAAAUGUCAUCGAGAAUGGACAGAUGGAAAGCACUCAGAAAACUGAGGACGAGGAGGGCCGGGUGAGGGAUUUGCUGACGGAGUCCCGGCUGAGGUACAAGGACUACAUCCAGCUGGUCAGCAGCCCCAGCUUUAGCCUGGAUGAGUACUGUGAACAGAUGUGGCACCGGGAGAAGCGGCGGCAGCGGAACAAAGGUGGUGCCAAAUGGAAGCAUGUGCAGGAGAUGAAAAAAAAGCGAAACCGAAGGCACCACGAGCCAGCCAGGCCACCAUCGACGUAGUUUGUAAAUGCUAUUUAAAGAAAGGACAUUUUCCGUGAAAAAAAAAUACUGUGUUCUGGUUUUGUGCAUCUUGCCUAUGAAUUAGUACUGCUUCUUAUUGAAAUCAGAAAACUUACCAUCACUAUUAAUCUGUGUGAGACUGUACAGUGGGAUUCAAUGCCAAAUGAGAUGUUUCUUAUUGGAGUGCCACACACCAGGCAGUAAUUUCAAAUGCAUUCAUUAAAAAAGAAAAGAUGUACACUGUUAGCUAAUUUCUGGGUAGCCUUAGACUUCGUGAGCUGUGUUCUUUACUUCUUGCAUAAUUUUCACAUAGGAUUUAGUGUCUGUGUUCCUGUGUUAACAUUUGCUGCCACAUUCCACCCCAGAGGUGGCUACGUUUCAGGGGAAGGCAGAUGUACUUCCAGUUCUUUGGCAUCUUUCUGAGUAAGAAGCAUGGUAGAAAUGUGUGACAGAUCUGCAAAAAUACCCACUAAUUUACCCACUGGGCCUGUAUACAGGCACAUGGGUGAGGUUUGCUAGCACAGAGAGGCACAGCAAAAAAUCAAAUUAAGUUUUGGCUUAGGGACAGCAUUCAUUCUCCCCAUAAAAAAGAGAAAGCAUAAUCAUAGUUUAAGAGAGGGGAAUUACCGAGCAUUACUCAAACUCGUUAGUGUUUGAGUAGCCACCAGUUUGCAGUCCAUGUGCUGAAAUGAAAUGUUGACUCUAAUUGAAAUUGCCACCUAGAUGUUUGGGAGUAAAUUUCCUAAGUGGUCCAUGGGAGGUAUGUGCACAAAUCCUAUUAACAAAUAAUGGGAUUCCUGCCUGCACCUCUCCUAUGUCUCUAAAGGUUUGACGCUGACUGUUUCUCUGGCCCUUUUCUGGGUUUGUUUUAUGCAGAGGAAAAGAAAAUUAAAAGACAACAACAAGGCUAAAUGAAAGACGAUGAGGGAAAAUAUUUAGUGGCUGAGACCAGUGCUCUUGACACAGAGCUGACAUUCCUCAGAUGUGUGUAUCCUUUGGGAUUUUUUUCUCAAAGGUCUUCUGUAUUUUUAAGUUGAAAAUUUGCAUUGUUGGAAUUAAUACUUUUAUUAUAAUUAAAUAAGAGAUGUCCACAUGUAAAUAAAACUUGAAAGUUAGAAAUUUGCUGUAUACCAUAAUUUCAUUUGUAAAGUAUUCCUUUUUCCUUGGUUUAUAUUUUGAGUUUAAUAAUGUAAAUUUUUCCACAGAAACAAAUACUGGCCUCA